UUGCCUAUCCAUGGCUUAUAUCAGGCUUCCUCAGCUUCGGCCCUCCAGAUGUUUUGAGACUACAAUUCCCAUCAUCCCUGACCACUGGUCCUGCUAGCUAGAGAUUAUGGGAGUUGUAGGCCAACAUCUGGAGGGCUGAGGUUGAGGAAGCCUGGCUUAUAUCCACCAGCAGCUGUGCAUUCAUGUGGGUCUACUUUUAUGGAACUCCAUUCCAGCUGCGACAAAUAGGCCCCUUCCCUUUUUGAACAUCUAAUGCCUACUGAAGCCUUUUAUUCCAGCAGGCACUUUAACUGAUGUUAAUAGUUUUCACUGAUUUUUAUACUUCUUGUGUGUUAUCUGUAUAUCACUUAGAGAAGAUAGUAAUUGAGCAGUAUAUAAAUUGCUUGAGUUGUGAGCAGAUAAGUGCCUUGUUCAAAUCUCCCCUCUGCUGUGAACACACGUGCAAUCCUAUGCAUGCGCACACAAAGGUAAGACCCCUUAUGUUCAGUGGGGCUUCCAAGAAACUGAGCAUAGGAUUGCAGACAUGAGCAACUGCAGUGUUAGGCUGAACAGGCUCCUGUAAGGAUUUUGAUAUAAUGUAUGUGAUGUGUUUUGACCACUUUACAUCCCUCAUAAUGCCCUACGUACCCAAGCUGGCUACAAUUAUAUUAAAACAAUAUAAAAGCAAAUCAAGCCACAAAGCCAACGAUAAAAGCAAGAGCAGAUAAGAUCAGCAACAGCAAAAUAAACCACCCUGGCAGACUGGCCUGUCUAAAUUCAGAUGACCUUCACUGGCUGGUGGAAGAUCACCAAAGAGCUGGCUCAAUGGGGGCCCCCAGAAAGGGAAUGUCAAAGCUGCUGCAAAAUUUGCUAUAAGCAUUAUUUGUACGUAUCUCAGAUUUGAGUAGUUUUCUCCCUUUAUAGAUGUUGGCUUAAACACUUAACAACUGUAACAUUCUGUUUCACUGGGGGGAUAAAUAUUAAGGCCAGUAUUUCCGAGAACACUUAUAGCUCAAGCUAUUAUGUCAGUGCCAUAGCAAAGAGAGAUGCUUUCAGCUGAUAAAUGUUGCCCUCUUGCCCCUCAAACCCAGCCCAAAGCGAAUGCUUUGUUUUAAUAGCAAAACCUUCACAAAAGGUCAGGUUUACUUGUUACCUUUCUGUCUACAGUUUCCAUCACUAGCUCAGAAUCUCAUCACCCAAGCCAUAUGUCUCUGUUUUUUUUUUAAUGGUGUGAAAAAUGGAAUGGAGAAAUCUACCAUGUUGGAAAAAGUACAAACUUCCCUCCCUAAAGAGGGAGGCAUAUUUGCCAGUGUUGUGGUUGUACCCUAAUAUUCAAUUUUUAAAAACCCACCUAUGGUGCUGUGGAACAUAUUAGGCACUUUGCUAGGUUGAUACAGCUUGAAUCACAGGCAUCUUUUAAAGACAACCAUGUUUAUCAGAAACAUGGUGGUAGGAAUGCUUCUUAUCUGUUCUCUUUGGACAGAGACCACCACAGCCGGUUCCAGUUUUUUAAGUCCCGAACAACCAAAAACUCAGCAGCGAAAAGUCUCCCCAAAACCUACAACAAAGUUUCAUCGCCGAGAUGCAGAAACAUUUUUGGAUGUUCAUGGAAGUGAGACUGAGAGAGACAGCAAUGAAAUAGAAAUAAAGUUCACUGUUCCCUUUGAUAUUGGCAUGAAAAUCUCAGAAGAUCAGUACAAAGACUAUGGCCCAAUACUGGAGAAGCUUCUGGAAGACAUACUUGUUGAAGGCAAUAAAGAAAGCCAAGAAACACAGUGAAAAAACAGCUGAAAAUUGAGAUGCUGGAUGCAUAACAACUU